UUUUAUCCGUGCGGAGUCGAAUCAGUCGAGGUCGAGUGUUUCUUUCUUUGGUUUAGGGAGCAGUAGUAGUGAAUUUUAGGUGAUUAAAAAGUGUUUAUUGAUGUAAUUUGGUGGUUAAUUAUUGUGUUAAAUUACAAAUAGUAUUAGUGUUAUUAUCAUAGGUUAAAGACAUGUCAAUUAUUAAGUUGUAGUGAUAAAUACUAACUAUCGUAUAACAAGGACAAAACGAGUUCGAUAGAUGCAUGUCAAAAUGGCUGCUGCUGCUAAUAAAUUACAACAAUUGAAAUUCGAUAAAAUAUGUCGGGCGUGUUUAGAAGUUAAGAAGGAUAUGAGACCUUUAUUUGAACAACUGACUGCAACAAUGCUGAUGGGCAUAUCGAAAGUUCAGGUGGCGGUUGGCGAUGGUUUGCCAGCACAGCUAUGUCUGCAGUGCGUGCACCAGAUUUCGCGGUGUCACGCCUUCAAGGAGACGGUGGAGCGGAAUGACGUCACGUUACGGGAACAGGCUAAACUUAAGGCCGAAAGGGAAGAGAAAGAGAUGUUAAAUAUGGCGUGUGAAGACUCCUCAUACAUUCAAUACGUGGAAGUGCCAAUUGUCAAUAACAGUAAUCAGAUCCUCGACGGCUUCUUCACCACAGAAGAGACCAGCAUCAAAAAUGACCCUCUGGAUGAGAACUACAAGUCGGACAAGACGGACACAACCACUCCAGCCACAACAAAAGAAGACGGCGGACUCAACUCGGACGAGGAGAACUACCUCCAACUGGUGGUGUUCCAAGCAACGUCGACGGUGACCCCCGGCCGCCACGUGUGCAACCUCUGCCACAAGGAGUUCAAGCAUGCGCGCUGGCUCAAGCAGCAUAUGCGCUCGCACACCAAUUGGAUUAAAGCCAACUGCAAGAAACCGCCUAUGUGCCCUAUAUGCGAGAGGACUUUUAAGGGUCCGGGAAUGCUAAAGAUGCACAUGCGCACCCACGAACAACGGCCGCCCAAGCAGCCGACAUGCUCCGUUUGCCAACGGACCUUCUCCACAAAGACAUUGCUAUAUCGCCACCGGCAAACCCACUUCGAACAGAAAACCCAUCAGUGCACUGUGUGUGAUAAAAGAUUCUUUAGUGGAUACGCACUGAGAUCGCAUAUGGCUCGGCAUCGGGGCGAAAGACCAUAUAUCUGCUCCAUGUGCAAUAAGAGUUUCUACAAUCCGACUGAUUUGAAGGUACAUUUUCGGUUACACACCGGCGAGAAACCUCUCAAGUGUUCGGAGUGUAACAAGACGUUCCGACGGCACUCCACGCUGUGCCAGCAUAUGAAGAAACACCGCGGUAUACGGAACCACAUAUGUUCAGUAUGUAGCAAGGGUUUCUACGAGGUAUCCAAGUUGAAUGCCCACAUGAGGGUGCAUACUGGCGAGCGGCCAUUCGAGUGCAACUUCUGCGAGCGCAAGUUCGCGCAGCAGUCGGCGCUGAUCUAUCACCGGCGGACGCACACCGGCGAGAAGCCGUACAGCUGCAAGAUAUGCUCGGCAAAGUUCACCACGUCGUCGGCCAGGAACAAUCAUAUGGUCACGCAUACUGGCAACAAAAGGUUCGUGUGUCCCGUAUGCCUUAAAGGUUGCACGUCCCGCACCGAGCUGCGAAUCCAUUCAACAAAACACACGGGCGAGAAGUUGUACGGUUGCGAGCUGUGUGAGCAGCGCUUCAGCUCUGCCUCCUACCUCGCCGUGCACAGGCGGUUCCACACCGGCGAGAGGAAGUACCAGUGCAACAUCUGCGGAAAGGGCUACGUAGAAUCAAACUCUUAUAAGAAACAUAUGAAAACGCACGAAUCCAAAUCAGAAUAUGAGUCGUCUCAUUCGGAAAACAGUGUUGAAAAUGUUAACUCUGAUACUAGAAGUAAUGAGGACAAACAAGAGAUGACACAGACCGUCGUUAAUGAAGAGCAGGCAGAAGGUCAAGGUCAAGUUCAAGAACAGUCGUUGCAGGGUCAAGGUCAAGAUACCACGCAGAGGAGAUAUAAAUGUGGACUGUGCACUAAAACAUAUAUGUACAUACAUAGUCUGAAGAAACACAUGAUGAGUCAUGUUCAGCAACAACAACAACAACAAUCGCAACAACAACAGCAGCAGCAGCAACAUCAGCAACAACAACAGCAGCAGCACAUGCAACAACAACAUCAACUACAAGUGCAGGUGCAACAACAACAGCAACAGUUGCAGCAACAGGCCGUGUUGCAAGUGGGCAGCGUGCAACAGCUCGCCGUACCAAUACACACGCAACAUGUGCAGGGCGCAUCGCACACAUACCCAGUUAUAUCGUCGGUACAGUCCCUGCAACUACAACAAACACAGCAACAAGUAAACACGCAACAGCCACAGCAACUCCAAGUGCAAACGAUACAGAUUCACCCGCAACACCAACCGAUACAAAUACACGCGGUGGGCGUCCAACAAGUACAACAGCAGCAGUUGCACGUAGCUACGUCCAGUUGUCAAACUAUGUUGCCCAAUAUACUGCAGCUGCAGCCGGCGACGGCGGCGGUGGCGGUGUCCGGGCUCGGCCAGCAGGAACUGGGCGGCGUCGCGCACCGCAUCAUACUGCAGCCGCAGCACCCUGCGCUCUACACCAUACACCACUGAUACUCGCCCGCACCACCCUACCCGCACACUAGAACAUUCUAGAAUUAUCUAGAAUACAUUUGCCAGAAAUAGAAAUAUAGGUAUAUCAGCUGCAGCGCGGUAUCAUACUACUAUCCCAGCACUCCGCAUUGUACACUAUACUAUUUACUCGAUUCUAGAAUAUAAUUUAUAUUGAAUUCAAGAAUUUUAAAUAUAAGAUUGAAAAUGUAAUGAACAGAUCCGAAUCUACACUUCGGUAUCAGAUUUUUUUAUCAUCUUUUUCCGAACGUCACUUAAUUUCAAACAUGUACAGCCUUGGCCAAAAGUAUUUGCCACCUUAGAAAAUUACAAUUAACUAAAACAUACUUAAUAUUUGGACGGAGAAAAAUAACCAUGUGUUUAAAUUACCUUUAAUUCUAAAAUUAUUGUACAUUAAUAUUUCGUAUUGAAACCCUUAGCAUUAAUUACAGCAUUUAUUUUUAUAGGCAAAGAGGAAAUUAAUUUUUACAUUUUUCUAGAAUGCCAUAAUUCUGGCACUCUAUGUCUAUGUAUAUGUAUAUGAAAGUUCCACUCCUGUACCAAACAAUUCUUUCAAGUUUCUUUGGAAGUAGUCGAAUGUUCCGUUUAUUAAGCGCUUUAAAAUCGACCAUAAAUGUUCGAUAGGGUUAAGAUCCGGUGACUGAGGGGGCCAACUUAGAAGCUCUAUACCAUUUUUCAAACCAACUCAAAGUGGUUCUGGACUUAUGGCAUGGGGCAUUGUCCUGUUGGAAACGGACGCCAGCAAGGUUCGUAUCAUCGAUCAUUACAUCCAAUGAGGAUUAUUGCAGCACUUCAAUAUAAUUUUUCGAAUUCAUUCGGCUUUCACUCACGACCACUUCCAAUUCCUGAGGUAGACAUACAGCCGCAGACCAUAACACUGCCUCCGCCGUGUUUUACAGUUUUACAUUCCGGUAUGAAUUCUUCAUCAACUCUGUGUCUCACGUAGGUAGGUGGCACCUGCAGUGCCAAAUACCUGAAAUUAAAUAAGAUUUUUGAAAAUACGUCUGUCAAUGAACUAUUAACUUCAAUACAUCUCAAACAUU